AUGCCGGAGCUCAUGGCGAUCGUGAAGACCCCCAAGGAGGCGUUCCAGGGCAUGAUUGACAAAGGCGUGUCGAUGGGCGGCGACGCGUCUAUCAAGAUCUUCCACCAGUCCUUCUACGCGGGUUGCUAUAUUGGCUUCGGUGGCAUGUUGUCGAUGGUGGUGGCUGGCGGUCUGGACAAGGCAGCCGAGGACAACCCCACCAUUCAGACCUUUGUAUUCGCUGCGCUCUUCCCGGUGAAUCUGCUGCUCAUCUUGCUCACAGGUGGGGUGCUGAUCACUGGUACAGCUGCGACCGUGCCUGCGGCGGUGUGUGAAGGCAAGCUGCACUGGAAGCAGAUCCCUAGGACGUUUGCGCUGGCUUGGACUGGCAAUCUGAUUGGCGCCGUGCUCUUCGCCUUCUUUGUCGAGGCCUGUAACCUGAACGUGGGCUUGACUGCCAAGCUUGCGAUGAAGGUGGCGGAAAAGAAAAUCAAGGAGAAUUUCUUCAUCACCUUCCUGAAGGGAAUUGGCUGCAACUGGCUGGUGUGCAUGGCUGUCUUCCUGCAGGGCCAAGCGCAGGACAUGACUGGCAAGAUGGUGGGCAUCUGGUUCCCCAUCUCCUGUUUCGUGGCCAUCGGCUUCGAGCAUAUCCCGGCCAACAUGUUCAUGAUUCCCUUGGGGAUGAUAGCUGGCGCCGACGUGUCGGUGUGGGACUGCCUCUGGAGGAACUUCAUCCCAGUGACCCUCGGGAACAUCUUCGCAGGCUCAAUCUUCGUGGGCGUUGGCUACUCCUUCGCCCUCGGCAGGCUGGGCAGCUCGCCGAUGUUCAACAUGCCCGCGAGGGAGCUGGGUGCCCCGAAGGAGCAGGUGGCCGGCGGCGACAACAAAGAGGGCGGCGCGCCGGCGGCGCUCGCCUCGACCACGCCCGUGGUGCCCGUGGACGGGGCCGCGCAGGCUCAGGACGGGGCGCCGCACGCCGCCGCCACCGCCUUCCAGGCGGCGCUGCGCGCAGCGAGCAAGGACGCCGCCGCGGAGGAGCACCUGAGGCAGAAGGCUUCGGCAGAGCAGCAGGCUGCCGCGGAGCAGGAUCGGCUGGAUGAGACGACCAUGUCCCCCGAGUGGGUGUGGUACUUGGUCAGGAAGACCAGGCUCGAGCGCUACGCCCGCAGGCUCGGCCUCUACGCCGUCUUCACCGCGCUCUUCACCGCGAUUGUGCACCUGGCGCGGCCCGUGACGGCCCACUUCUCCAUCCAGGACGCCAUCCUGGAGCAGUCGACCCGGGAGAGGGGCGUCUCCGGCUUCAGCUUCUACGACAUCUCCAGCGACGCGGAGUGGUUCUAUUGGGUGCAGAAUCAGCUCGUGCCCACGAUAAUGAGCACGACGUUCUCGAACGGUGACGAUCGCGCCGAGUCGUGGGGGAGCCGGUUCACAAACACGGUUGCCAUGUACAACACCCAGACGGCGCCCGUGAGGUUCCGCCAGGCCCGCGUGCGGGAGGACUCGUGCAGCACGGAACGCCGCGACGCCGCGCUGGUGCACCCAUGCUGGGGCGAGUUCAGCAAGGCGUACCAGUCCCGGUCGGCGUUCGGAGAGGACUACGGCAACCGCUACCUCACGGGCCUGAGCGACGUGUACGGCUACGGCACCGAGGGCCACGUGGUGGACGUGCAGCUGGACCAGGCGGUGGCGCUCGCGGCGGUGGCCGACAUGCGGGAGGGGCUCUGGCUCAACGAGCAGACGCGCAUGGCCGCCGUCGAGACAAGCUGGUACAACGCCAACUACGAUGUGAGCACGUACGUCCGCUGGCAGGUGGAGAUCACCCCAGGCGGAC